AUGCUUACACAUUCAGCUUUCACCAUAUUUUCAUCAGAUCAAACAAAAUCCAUCAUUAAUACGUCAAUAUACAUUAUUACACCUAUUAAAUGCUUUGAACAUCAAAAAUCUUCGGCAGUUAAUUCCGAUGAAUUAAUUGGGAAAGAUGAAACCGGUUUUGACACAACAGCUAGAUACAGAAAAUGCAAUUACCAGGAUGUUUGCGCCAAUUCAAUAUGCCGUCGAUUAAAUUCUGAUACAACUGGCAACGAUAAAUCUGAUAUAUUCUUAUCAAUUAAAAAUCAAAAUGAACAAAAUCAAUACAUCAAUAUUACGGAAUUACAUAUAUCACCGAAAAAUUUCAAAUCACCCGAUUUAAAAUAUUUAGAAAUACGAAAUAAUUCACUACAAAAUGCUAAAUAUGUUGUAAAACCAUUUAGAGAAUUGAUAACAUUGGACUUGUCAUUUAACCCUUUGAACUAUACAACAUUACCGAAUGCCCUUAGAGAUAUCCAUAAAUUAGAAAAAUUAGUACUACAGGGUUAUUCAAUUAGUCAAUAUAAUAAAGAUGUUAUUUUUGACUUUGAUGAUUAUAUUGUGACUAUAGGUUUGCAGAGCCAAGUAAAAAUGGAUCUGCAUAGGUGGAUGUACUUGUUGUUUAAAGCUGGUAUAGCAAUAUUUCUUGUUAUCACAAUAUGCGAUGCAGGAUCUAAGCAACCAAGACGAACUCCAGCACAUAAAUUAGCACAACAGACUGGUGCCGCUCAUUAUGAAGAACGUUAUGAAAAAGUUUUACCAACCAAUAGAAGAUCACAUCGUUUACGUAAACGAGCAUCAGAUGAAGAUGUUGAUUAUGAGGUUUAUCAAGGUGUUGUUGGCCGCCCAGGAAUUGAUUUUCCAAUUUUACCUAGAAUACCACAAACAACUUUCAGUUGUCGUACAUUUGGUAAUGGUUAUUUUGCUGAUCUAGAAACUGACUGUCAGGUAUUCCAUAUUUGUGAAGAAGGGCGAAAAAUAUCAUUUCUUUGCCCAAAUGGUACAAUUUUCCAGCAAUCAGAAUUAACUUGUGAUUGGUGGUUCAAAGUUAAUUGUGCAAGUUCACCAGGUCACUAUGCCGAAAGCUCAGAAAUGUUAAUCAGAGCCCAAAAUCGAAAUAAACAAAAAAAUCCACAAACAAAAAAUGAAUUUUAUUCAUCUGAAAGUGAUUAUUCACGCGAGAGAGUUAAUCAUAAAAAUUCAUAUCCAGUUAAAUCAUCUAAGGGUAAUAAUGGGCGUAGAAGAAAUCAAAAUUCUAAUAGCAAUUCAAAACGAUUUGAAUCUGAAGAAAUUCCAUCGGUUGAAAGUGUUGAUUUUGAAGAUAUAUCCAGUAACAGUGCGUCACAAGAACAGGGAAGUCACCAAUAUGGCAACACAGGUAGUGGAAGUGCUUCAUAUGAACGUAAACCAAAGAAUAACAAUAGUGAAAGAAAAGCAACCGAACGUAGAAGAGUAUCUGAAAAUCGUAAUGAUAAAAUUGUAUCUAGGUAUGACUCUAGUGACGAAAUGCAAGAACCUGCUGAAUCGACUUUCUUUGGAAGCGGAAAUAGAAAUAAUGCUAACAGUAACAGCCAUCAUAAUGAUGUUAAAGACAACGGAUACAUUUAUGGAAAACCAAAUGACAACGGUUACAUCUAUGACAAUCCCAAUAAAACAAGGAAACAAAAUGAUCGGGAAGGUAAACAACGAAGUGGUAAUGGAAGAAAUCAAAACAAAUAUGAAAGUGACAAUAAAAGAACAUCCAAAAAUAGAGCAACAACUCCGACUCCUUCAGAAAAAAAUAGAUUUACGUCAAAAACAACUAACCGCCAACCCGAACCUGUAAAGCAGAAGCAAGAAAAAGCUUUUGUGGCAUCUAACUCAGUAAUUAAUAAAUCAGAUAAGAGAACAACAACUCCAACACCUAAUAAUCUAGUAAAAGAUAUUUCGUAUAGAAAUUCUGAAACUGGAAAAAUUGAAACUACGAAACAGACCCCAUUUUAUACACCCACUAUUCCAGCAAUCGUGAGUAAAUCAACAACAAAAAGUUAUAACCAGAAAUCAAAUAAAGUUACCACUGAAAAAUAUUCUUUUACUGCAACAACCACAAGGAAACCUCCAGUAAGUUAUAACGUAUUUAAUUUACCAUCGAAAACCACAACCGAUCAACCGUUUUCAACUGAAAUAAACACGGAAUAUACUAGCACUCCUCGUAACAAUUUAGUAAUCGGAUUACGCAAUACACAUAAAACUGAUCCUUCAACAGUUAAUCAAGUUUUUACAGAUAGUAAUAAAUCUGGCCAAAGAAAUAGCAAGGGCAGAGUUUUUACAACUACCGAAUACCCUGAAGCUACCACUUUCUAUGGCCCACGUUCUAAUUUACAAAAAUUCACGACAACAACUGAAGAUAUUUCAAAAGAAUCCUCAACUUCCGGGCCAACUUAUUUACCAAGAGAAAUAACAACGUUCCGUCCAUCACCUUCUAGCACAACAUAUUUCCCAACAACAACACGUCGACCAUCUUCUGCCGGACCAACAUAUUUACCAAAACAAACUACGACACCUCGAGUUUCUACAAAAGGUGCUACAUAUUUACCAACCAUUUCGUACACAACAUCGACAAAUGGCCCAACCUAUUUACCAAAAGAGACCACAACUUUCCGAACAUCAUCAGCUGGUCCAACCUAUUUACCAAAAGAAAAAGUUACCACAUAUCGUCCUUUAUCAUCAUCAUCAGGUCCUACGUAUUUACCAACAACAACUUUAAGGCCUUCAACUAACGGUGCUACUUAUUUACCAACUCCAGCAAGUAAAAUUGAUGAUUCCGUUUCUGAUCAUGUUAAAGAUAUGAUUCGUACCCUAAAUGAACUGAAAAAUGAUUUGAAUGUUGAUACUAAGGCACUUAAUGAAGAUGCAAAUAAAUAUUUAGACAAACCACCACGCCCUGGAUUAGAAAUUCCUCCAUCUUCUGGGCCGGAAACUUUAGUUUCCCUAGCAAGCUAUUUCGCUGGUGAAGAACUCGCUAAUGUAUCACUUGCUUCUCGCUCAUCUAGUACUGAACCCGUAAACGUCAAACAAAAUGCGAAUAUUAAUGCUGGCCUCUUGAGUAACAGAACCGUUUCAAAUUAUGAAAAUUUAUUUGGGCUGGCGAAAACAACUGAACCUACUUAUCUACCAGAUAUUUUAUCACCCGAGUUUAAAACACGCGAUAGUAAUGACUUAGAAGCUCAGCAUACAAGUGGUUUAUUAGGAGAUGCUAUAGGCAAACCAGAAACUCGUAAAAUUGCCCAAGUGUUCACUAAUGCUUUAUCGGCAUAUUUAGAAGAUCCUGAUUCUUUUAGGCAAGUUUUAAGUGAAGUUAGACCUACUGAACCACCAAUUCAUUUGGAAGCUGAUGGUGCUCCAGCUAGUUACAGAAAACCAUCAGCUACAAAAAAGCCAGAAUUCAAACAUGGAACUGGAGCCACAUAUCUUCCAAAACCAACUACAACUUCAAUAGCACCACCAACGGCUACAACAAAUAAUGAUGAAUUAGAAGUUUUGGACUUCUCAGAUGUUUCAUUAAACAACAAAAAUCGUGCUAAACUCAAGCCUACAACGGAGUAUAAUUUAGGAGGGCGUAUUACUAGCAAUGCAGUAAAAAAUAAACCUGUUUCUAGAUUUAGCUUUGGUCUUGAAAAUUCUGAAGAAAAAUUAAAUAAGAAAUUAACUACAACUACGGAAGCAAACGAUAUUGCAGUUGAAAUUAAUAAAGAGUUAAAAUUAUCAACAACUAGACCGAUUCCAUUAUCAUUUGAUUUAAUUGCCCCAGAAAUAAAUACGGCGAGUACGACCAAUCAACCUGAAAUAUCAACAACUUUAUCCGACAAUUUGUUGUUCCCUGUAGGUCCAAAAGGCGGUAAAGGAAAAGCAAGUAUCCCUUCUCUUAGCGCGGAACUUCUACCGCCAGGUAUAUCUGAAGAUGAUGAGGACAUGUUACAACGUGCUCAAUCUCAAUCAUUUAUUUCCUCUCGAAAUGAGCUUACUAAAAAUAUUAAAUCAGACAGAACAGGAAAAUUAACCAAAAACAACUUGCAUUCAGAGCCCCUAAUAAAUCGUGAUCGAACGUCAUCAGCUAGAAAUAGAAUUAUUACAACUACAAUUAAAUCACCGGUAGAAAAACCCACAGAAAGCCCUUGGACAAAGAUCACACAAAGUGUUUAUUUAGAUCCUUUAACAAUUAAUGAUGGUUUAAUGGAAAAAUUCCGUACAACUACUGCGAGCCCAUUCACAUAUUUACCAAAAAAACCAACAAUAUUAUCUAGAACAAGUAAAACAUUUUCAGAGCUGUCAGAUCUUUCUAGCGAAUUAUUACCGCCAACGGAUGGUAUGCAAAAAAUUGCUAUACAAAUGUUUGGUGGCCUUAAUGAAACGGCCGCUACACAUUUGAUGAAUGUUAUGAAAAAAGCCGAAUCAAAUUCAAUGGCUAGACGUUUAAUAUUGUUGUUAAUUCAAACUUGUGAUGAAGAUUAUAGUAAAACAGUUGAACAAUCACGAAAAGCUUUAUUAAAUGCAUUAAUUGGUAUGGACAAUGAAUAUACAUUUGACGAUGAAGUCGAAGUAAUCAAAUUGAAACCAAGACGUCAGAAGAGUGUUAAUGUCUCUAAUAGAUCUGCUAAUUUAAUACAAACCACAACAAAUAGAAUACCAGUAACAACUUAUAGAAGAUCAGUAGAAUCAUCAACACCUUUUAAUAAACUGUUUACAACAAGUACAAUAUUACCUCCAACAACUAGUACGACAGAUUCAAAUAUAUUUACAACAAGUACAAUUAAGCCAUCAGAAGAAACAACACGUUUUGAAAUACGUGUUGCAGAUCCUGAUGAAUUAACAACAACCACAACAUAUAGUCCUAUAGAGACUAAAACUACAUCUACAAUUUUACCAGAAACUUCUACAGUUUUUGGUAAAAGAAGAACAACAACACAAACUAUAUAUACAACAACAGAUUCACCAGUAAUUACAACUACUAUAAAAAAUAAUUCCAGAGGUACUAGAGUUCAAUAUAGAAUUAAUGCAGUAGGUUCUACAGUAAGUCCUUCAAUAAAUGAUCAAAAAACAAGACAAGCAUCAAAAAGAAAGGCUAAAGAUAUAGAAAGUUCUCUUGGUAAUACAAGUGAUUUAAAUAGCCAUAAAAAUUCUGAUGAACGCGCUUUAGAAUUAUUAAAAUCAUUAUAUUCAUUAGCAUCUAAAUUUGGAAGACGAUAG